GCGGGCGGUUCGCGGGGGCUUUGCUGGUGGAAAACAAAAAGGGUUUUUUGGGGGGGGGCGUUAAUUUUUUUUGUUUGGUUUUUGUUCUUUUAAAUUUUUAAAUAAACUCCUGCAAAGCCACAGACGGGAUGGAGCUCAAGCCAGGUCCUCCUCCGGGGAUGGCGACGGCAGCGCCAGCCGGGAGCAGCCACCAGCUCCGCGCCCAGCGAGGAAGCCGCGGUGAUGCGCGCACACGUCCAGCAGAAACACUCGGGCUCGCACGUCUAGGGGAGGGGGGCACACAAAGAACUCAACGCCAGAGAUCUUUCCAUGAGGAUGGAGAGAGAGAGAGAGAGAGAGGGAGAGGGAGAGAGAGAGGGAGAUGCAGUUAGUGGACAUAGUCCGGGACGGGGGUUAUGUCUCGAAAGGGAGAAGAUCGGCUCUGACUUCAGAGCAACCGACUUCUCCAAAAAACAGUUCAGGGCAGCCAGGAAGACGUUGAUAUUAUAGAUAUACAUAUCACACACACAUAAACUCACGCAUACAUACACACAUACGUACAUUCACACGCACGCACAGACGUAUGGUAAAUCGCUUUACACUAACAGUAACUCCUAUUGCAAACGCUUCUCUUCCAGCGUGCUGGGCUCGUGUGCACACCCGACAGCGGUGCCUCCGGAUCAAUCCUCUGUGCCUCAAAUCAGUUCCCCGCUUGUUUCAGGACUCAAUGCGGAGGACUCCGCGGUAUGAAUUAGAUCGUUGCUUCUCGUAGCGACAAAGGGUGAGCUAGAGGAGCAAAAGCAGCGAUGGACCAAGCCGGGUGCGGGGCACUUUGUCCUGGGAAACUCUGCGAAGUGUCUGUGCCAGCAGGAGGAGACCUACGGAGGACGCAGGACAGCAGCAUCCUCUCCCUGUUCCCUGAGUGCAAUGCCAAGAGGUUGCUGCCUGCUCUUCUCCACCCUGUGCUCCACAACUUGCAGCCCAAGGACACCAAAGUAGAUUUCCAAAGAAUCCCAACUGCCUGGUGACUGUCCCUGUAGCUCAUCGUAGGGGUUCCCUCUCUUCCCUUAGCCACACAGAAGCAGCUCCAACAAAGAUUUUCCAUCUCUGUUACUUGCCUUCCCCUCUCCCUGGAAUAGAGUCAAAGGACAUGACAGAGACUGGAAAAACAUUUUUUUUCCACCUCGGUUUUGUGAGUUAUUUUUUGCAAGCAGUCAGAAUUAAACUAAAUAUUUGAAAAGGGAAGAUAGCUCUCUUUUUUUGUGGAAAACGCAGUCUUUUCACAUAUUUAUUUUUUCUGCUUACACAAGAGAGUGAAAAAUAAACGGGACCUGAAGUUGUGAUGAAAUUAAACAGGCCAAAGGAAUAAAAAUGCGUGUCUUGGGUUUUAGGAGAAAGACUCCUUGCUUCGUUUUGUCCUGGUCUCAGUUGUGUAUCAUGAUGUUUUAAAAACGGAGAGGCAGAUUCUACAAAGUAGGAAUCAGAAAAAAAGUCUCUAUUUGAAAGAAACGAAGCAAAAAUGCAAAGAAAGGCAUCAACGGGGUCUAUAUUUUUUUUAAAGAUGUGGAACUUGGGUAUAGUGUCAGCUGCAUCCAUUAAAUUGCCAAUUCCUUCACAAGGCCCAAGCUCCAACUUUAUUUAAUAACAAACAGAAUAAACCAGGAUGAGCAUUGAUGGAUAACACCAAUCACGGCUAGCUCCUCACAUCCUUUUAGGGAUGAGACCUCUGCUCUAGAACAAAUUUAAAAUAUUUUCCAGCACGGGUUAUUUAAGGAACCCAUCUCUCUUCCUUAAUGAGACUUGUACUAAGCAAGGACUUCUCAUGGAAGGAAAACCUAAAGGUUUUUGUUUUUUUUUCCUGGAGCAGGCAGAUGAUGAUGUUUGAUAAUCUUCUUCCUGGCCUGGUAGACCAUGCAGGACUUCUGCUAAAUUAAGAUACUGAUAGAUUUUCUUCCUAAAUGCCCUGAACUAAGUCCAAAAGAGUUAUGUGCUCAAGAGCAUUUUCCUUCACCACACCCCUGCACAUGUCAACUAAUGCAGCAUCUUGACUUCUGGAAAGCUGAGUUCCAGUUUGGAAAUGUAUAAAUCAGGUAAACCCAGUAGCUCUCAUGACAGUGUCCGACGGAAGCAGAUGAACAGGAAUAGCGUUUUUGAUGGCAAGCCUGUCCAGUCCCUGUGUGGCUAGGUGCCCUUUAGCUCAUUGGAGGAGCCAGGACUCUCCUAUCUGACUACCCCCCAGCACUAUCUCCCUGCAAAUGUCUUGAAAAGUUUAGACGUGUCUGAAUUUAUAGAGUGCAUGGUGUCAUUGACCCGAGACCAAGUGAAUUAGAAAGGGAUAUAAUUCUCAAAUGAAUUUGGAAAUGUCCAAGUGCCAAGUGUCCUGCAGAUGGUAAUGCACUCACCGCUAUGCCUCCAGUUAGUUCAGAACAGUAUCUCAACCCAGAAAGCUUGUCAUAAAAUGGAUUUAAAAAAAACCCCAACAACAGGGGAGAAGUAGCAUUUGAAGCCAAACCAGCCAAUUUGCCUUAAUGAAAAUAACUCUUGCCUAGUGGGCCUAGUUAGUGCCCCGAGCUAUAUGCUUAAACAACCUUGGUUUCACCGGGUACAGCAGAGGGCAGAAUAUGGUCCAGCAUGUCUGCAUCAAUUGCUGUCGAUGGUCGGCGAGGAACCCUGGUUUGCGUUACUCUGAUCAGUAAUGAACGCACAAAUAUGCCAGGCACGAUAAUCUUCCUGCUAUUGUGUAUGCAAGAAACAGAAACAACUCGAAAAAAAGCAAAAAGCCAAGACACUGUCCACUUUGUGAGCUGCAGCGAUGUGCCGUAAACGCGAAAACCAUGCGCAUUCCCCCACUGCAUGUGUAAGCAAUUAUGCAAAGAUUGCUUAUAUUUGCGAGCGAGGAUGCAGAGUUGUAUUUAUGUCACAUAAAAGAACAACAAAACCCCCGUUGAUGGCCAGAAGAAAAAAUAAUAAAAACUUUAUAAAAGUCGAUAUUGAACAGACAAUAUAUCUCGGACUAUUUAUUAGGUAUACGCUUUGUGCACAUAUUUCCCUUCCGCGCCCGCACUUUGAUAUUGUUUGCAUUCCUGUAUUUCUGAAGCUGCUUUGCAGAUCAGUGCCGAUCGGGGUGUUUUGGCCUAUGUCAUUGUUUUGGGGAAUAAUUGUUUUUCUUGGGCUCCCGUGCUGUCUCAGAGGUGCUGGGACUGGAUGCUCAAAAGCACUGCUUUUAUUAUCCAUCAGAAGGAAAAGCAGGGCUGGGUUUCCAGAUCAAAAGCAUCCUCAUUUGACUUCAAGAAGAACCCAUCCGAGCUUAGACAAUUAACUGGAAUUUCGUCCUGAAUGUCCCCUCAGGCGCUUUCUUCAUCUAUCUGCUGGGACAUAUCGCGAUAUGGAAUAAUUAUCCCAAACACACAGAGUUGGGCUUAAAGCUAAGCAGUUGAGUGCUGCACCAGGCGGGGAGCACAGUCCGCGUGUUUAGCUGCGGAGCCCACAACUCCUCUACACGCAUCUCAGUGUAAUUGAUCUGGCUGAGUGAGGUCUUUUUGGUAAUUUGGAUACACCAAGUCUCCAGUUAAUGACAUAUAAUCAGGCUUUAGGUCACUUGGUCAUUCUCUUAUUACACACCCCUCCUGUUCUCUCUGAUCUCCUUUCAAACUAAAUUUCACACAAACAAAUAAAGUAAGACAGGGACAAGUCCUUAACAUCCAAGGGAGAAAGCUUGGAAAGCGCCCGCGAAAGAGCUCUAAACAUUGGGAAAGAAAAUCUGCGAGAUAGGAAAAGAACAUCUUAUCGAAAAGGAGAGUUGUGUACAAAACUUGGGGAGAAAAGGCUCUGGAUUUUGUUAAAAGUGACGUAAAAUAAAAAUAAAAAUAAUUACAAACAGAAAUGUCAUAACAUAAACAGCAGGCAGGAGGCUUACUGGAAACUGGUAGUGUAAUUUGUUGAUACAGAUUAUACAACCGAUAUGUGAUUCGCAAAAUGUUUGUUUGCUUCAUUUUAAGCAGCAAAAUCGUUUCUCUUUUUCUUUCCUUUACACUAUUUCUCAGAACGAAACUGAAGCGGUUGAGAACUGAAGAACUGGAUUUCAUUUCCUUGCCUAACUGUAUAGGGAAAAAAAUAUAAAAAGGAAACGAAAGCUGUGGCUCUGACGUCCAAUAUACCUGUGUCAACACAAAUAUUUUACAUAACUAAAGAGUUUAAUAAUAUUGCCUUUUCUUUCUAGCAAAAACGAAGCCACUUCUUUUGGCCAGGUUCUUUAAAAAAAAAAAGCCAACUCGUUUGAUCUCUAUUUUCCUUAAAAAUAUUGUGUACAUUUUAUAUAUAACUAUCAAGGCUACAUCAUAGCUAGCUAACUAUAUUAUAGACACACCGUGCUAAACCUCUAAUAACAUGAUAAUGCCUUCUGAACUAUCCGAAGUGUAUUUAGAAAAAAAACCCGAUUAAAAUAUGACUAGAUUAAAGUUGCUUAACACUUUAUACAGGAGCAGCGAGACAAUAUCAGCAUCCCUCGACUCCCAGCACCGGAGCGAAGUUUCUCAGAGAGAGCUGAAUUCCACGCUCUUUCCCAAGCAUUAGCACCUUUCAAAAUUGUAUCCAUUUUUUUGCUUUGAAAACCAAAGAUCGCACGUGUAUUUAUUCCUCCUAGGAUUCAGCCAGGCGCUAAUUGAGUCUGGAAGUGGAAGUGAGCUUGUGAGAAUGAAUGCGUUUAUAGAAAGCCCUCUUGGACAGACUUACACAGCAAGCAAACAACGGCGCAAGAAAUAUACUGCAAGGAGAGUCACAAGGCCUCGGUUGCUGACACAUUCAUAUGACAAACCAGGUUAAGUGAUCACUACAUCCGCGACACCCCCCCCACCCCCUUUUUUUCCCCCCCUCCACUCGCGGAAAGCUCAGCUGCAAUGCCAGCGCUCCGCAAUGCUGUUCCCCGACACAGUCAGGCAAACGGCGAGCUGGACACAGCAUCUAAAUGCCCCGUCUCUCUGGGUGUCCCUGCAGUAGAGGCACUUCAUCUCCCAAAGGGUGGCUGAUCCUAGUCUUCCUCCUCAAAGCCUUUCCAGGACCACUUGCUCUGUCAGCAGCCCCUCGUUCCUAGACAGACAGGGAUCUCUGGGUAAAUCUGAUCUCUUUUAUUAGACCCACUCAAGCAGUUGGAACAAGCCUUCUCUGCAAGCUUUACGGGUGCAAACCCCCUUUCUCCUAGCAAAUGCUGCCCAUCCUCCCAAAAGCCUCCGGCAGACUUCAUGGCACCCAGGCGAGGUGAGCAUGGGCUGCCUCACCAGGCGUGCCUAGCUAAUGCCCAGCACAGGGCCCGGCGGUGGGGCUGGGAGUGGGGCGCAGCGGUUGGAGGCUGGACGGAGCGAGGGGAGAGCAGCGCUGCUUUUGUGCCGGGGCUGCACGUGCUGCGAGGCUGAGCCCGGAGAAGAUCAGCUGAAAUCCCUCUGUCCCCCCCGGGGCAGGGGCCAGCUCCGGAGAGGUGACUGCCCUGGGGACAAGCAGCACCUCUCCGCAGCAUCCCGGCUGCAGGGAUCCGGCUCGUCCGCCCUGCCCCUCCCGCAGCCCGGGGGCUUGUCUGCAGCCCCGCACCCGGCGCGGGCGGAGCCCUGUGCACCUCGUCACGGAGGCACAGGCCCGUGCAUUGCCACUGGGGCUUGCCAUGUCCCGGGAGAAGAGAAAAAAAGCCAAGAUCGGGCUGCUAUGAAAGCUGUCAAGGGCGUUUGCUGAUGAAUGGGACACCCCGCACCGGGGGCGGGCGAUGCAACACAUCCCUUUUGACGGAUGCUCCCUGCAGCAGCCAGGCGCCCCCCGCCCUCCUCUUCCCUGCUCUUUCCCCAAGCCUGGGGUAAGCCUCCCGAGGGCAGGCAAGGGUUAAGCCUCUUCUUGCCUCCCCUCCCCUCGCUUCUCGAGCCCCCCUGAAUACCACUGCUUUCCUCUAGAGGUCUCAUUAGGGAAACCCUAACUGCUAUUUUCAACAUUUCCUCAAUCAGGGGCCUUUAACUAUAGCUGCACAAACAAAUUGGCGGCAAAAAGCGCCGAUCAUGUCACUAGUGAGGCCGAUCCAAUAUUUCACCCUUGUUUGCUUUGUAAUUAUUGGUCGGCUUGUGAGCACCUUGCCCCACGGGGGCAAAUCCCCCACCCCACCAUCGCCAGCCAGCAAAGCAAGGGAUGAACCCAACCCACCAGUGUUGCUUCUACAACGGUGGGCUCAGAAAUACAAGCCCCUUCCCAAAUUCAGCUUGUGCUCUGAAGCAGUGGGCUUGGAGAGGUUUUUCCCCCCUCCCCUCCAUAAACCAAACUCUUAGAUCAGACAACAUUUCUGCUGCACCUCUGUCCCCUUGCAGAUUUUUGCAAGUGGUUAGUCUCUCUCUUUGCUGGAAUCUGCCUCUCUGUUAAACUGCUAUUAUGAUUUGUUAUAUUUUCCACAGCUGCUUACUCUUGUUUGACUGUUGUACAAAGCCGCUUUAAAUCUGCUGCAGGAAGAAUAAAACUUAAAACUGCUUGGAUGGGUUCCUAUAGACUUGUGGCCUAGCUCUGGCCCAUUUUAGUUCCUGCUUUACAACCCCUCUGUAUAAAUCAGGCCUCUGGUAAGGUUGGUUAAGGCAGGCAGGGGCAACGGUCAACCCAGCUACUAUCAACACAAAUAGCAGUUAACUUAAUUAUAUCCUAAGCAUUGCAUUUAGCAGAAAAAAGGUUGGGCAGGACUAACAAAGCUGUUGUAUUUGCUUUGCUGUGAACUGUUGGGAACAUUUUAUGGUGAAGGCAAAUACUAUAACACAAAAGGGAAAUAUGAAAUAAAUCUCUUUUUAUGGAUUCUCUAGCAGAAAAACAGGCUGAUUCAACCCUGUUAUGAUUCAGUGCGUUUGUAGGUACAGUUAUGUGAGUUGUAUGAUAAGGUAUAUAUAUAGUAUAUAGCACAUACACAUGCACUUUGAUUUGUUGGGCCUGAUUCUGUUCUUGCUGAAUUCAAUGCCAAAACUCACAGUGAUUUCCAUGGGAGCAGAGUCUGUUCCUCUCUGCAUAUAGUUCAUUGCUGAUCAGUCUAAUUACAGUGAACUGAGGUAGCUUCAGUGCCACUUGUCCCAUAUGAACUGUUCUUUCAAAAAUCAUGUUCAGAAUUUUAAUUCAGAAACAAUUCUAUAAUGGACCUAUCAAAUGGUCUGCUCUCCACUUACUCCUGUAAUUAAUUGAGUUUAGCUAUCCAGUUUGAUACAGAAUAAGACCUUAGUUACACAGGGCCAGAUUUUUAAAGGUAUUUAAGGGUGCAUUCCCAUGAGCAGGAAGGCGCCUUUUCCCAUAUAUGCCGCUGCUGCUUGUCCCCAGGAAAUGCCCGUGCAUGCGUGCUCCGGUGCACGGUGCAUUGCCCUGGGUGGGGUCAGGGAGGCUUGCCCUGAGUGGGGUAGGGGAGGCCUUUCCUGGGGUCCUGAGGGCCUCUGGGGGCUGCAGCCGCAGCAAUCUGGCUGCACUCAGUCUAUCUGGCAGCUGGAACACAGCUCCAGCUGGCCGGGCUCUGAUUUCCAGUGUUGCAUGCCACCACCACAUGCGCUGCCCCAUUUUUUUAAGGGACAGGGGUUUUUUUGACAUGCGAUGCAGGUGGUAUAUGGUGCCACAAACUGCACAUCCGUGCUCAUCUGGACAUGCCCCAUGUGUUUAAAGGUCUGGAUAGGUAGGUAAAGGGGAUUUUCAAAAGGCCCUAACUUUCCUUGACAUCAGUGAAAUUUAACCAUUCCAAACCCUUUGAGGAUCCUGGCCUUAGAAGUAUUUGAAAAUUCUAACGAGCAUCUCUAGGCACCAUGGCACUUCUAUAAAUCUACCCUAAAGUGUCCUUAGAUGAUUUUUACACAUUUAAAAAAUUGUCCCACUAUAAAACAGCUGUAAAUAUGUCAUAAAGCUGUUUCAUUCGGUACUAACAGGUUUUCUUCCAUACCCCUGAGUCUAUAUUAAUUAAUGUUAUUAGUCUUUCUCAGUGCAUUAUUUUUGUUUAGUAGAAUCCCAUUUACCCUUGACCAUCCAAGCAUGGAUUAAGUCAAAAGGAGAGCAAGGAAUGCUGGGUGGGUCCACUGUCUGUUAUGCAGGUUUGCGUGUUUGCAUAGAGCAGAUGCUGAAAAUGGUUGUUUCAUAUAUAAUUCAAUACUUUUCUGUGUGCACAUACACAUUUGCAUGUACUUUACUUUAGAGUAGACCUCCUUGGUACUUCAGAACUUCAGCUGACCAUUCAGUUUUGUGUUUGGCAGUAGUAAAAAAACAAAAAAGGACUAUUAGAUAUUGCAAGGAAGUGUUUUGUUUUGUUUUUUAAAUCUUUACCCCUUCUUACAUGAAAAAAUGGAUUUUUCCUUUCCAGUAUGUUUAUUUCAUUACGACAUUCAAAAUAUUACAAUACCCUAAAUUUUCCCAAACUAUUUCUCAGCAGGGUAAAUCAGUACAUGCAUGCUUCUCUGACUAAACUGCUUGUGGUACAGAAGCUUAUUUAAAAGGUAGCUCUGGUAUAUCUACAAUGAACUGAAAUUUUCAGUGUAGACAUGCACACAGUGCUAAAGUUAACCACAUGUUUAAGUCUGCAGUGGAAUGGAGACUCAGGAUUUUAUCCGGCACCCAUUGCAAUCCAUGACAGCUACCAUCAACUUCUGUAUUGUAGAAAUAGGAUUUUAUCUCUAAUGUAAAAACCCCCAGGCUGAUUUUUGAAAAGCACACAUACCCAAGUUGUGCCCAGCCUUCAUGUAAACAUCUGGGAGGCAUGUGUGAAAAAGGACAUAUGCUGCAUAGAGCAUUCUUGCAUAUGCCAUUUUCAAAUGUGUAUUUACAAGACUACAGUGUGGAAUAGACAUCUUUUUAUCUGAAAUGCAGGAAAUGAUUUUUUUUUCUCCUCUAAAUAAAACCGCACUUUUAAAUGGCUUUAAAGAAAAAAUAAAGAGCACAAUGCUGAGCUCAGUAAGGCUAUCAUCAACAGCAAAUUUCCACUGAAAGCCCCACAAUGUCUCUGCAAAUUCACAAAGAUCUACCACUAUUCCAAACAGCACAUUCAUGCAACAAUCUGAUUAUUUUAGAUAUUAAUUACUUUAGGCUGAUGUUAUUAAAAACAUGUGGUUUGAGGAAUACAUUUUUUCGGAAUGUUUCUUCCCUCUCACAAUAAACUCAGCAUGUUGUGAAACAACAUGGAAUUCCAAACAGUCAUUGUGUUGUUUUAAACAGUAGCAAAUGGAACAAUGCUGCCCUUAAUGUUUUAGUUGUUCAAACAACAAUUGGAAUUGGAUAAAUGCUUUCAGCUGGGACCACUUUCCUAAUACCUUUGUAGGUAAUAGGAUUCUCAAUAUGUGCUACUGGAUGACCAUCAGGCACUACACAAUGGGCAGACAUUCAACCCUUUACCCAACAUAACACAGAGGACACCAUUGAAAAAUGAUGCAUUGUUGUAUCUAUGCUUAACCCAUUCUUUGUUUCCCAUUGUUGCCAUAUCAUCAGUGCAGCUCCAUUGCUGGUAACAUUUGGUGCAGGACUGAUGUAGACUGAUGUCCUGCAUUUCAUCCACAGUGGCCGGGUCUACAAGAGACGCAGACUGCGCAGUUGCUCGUUACUACUGCGCAGUAGCAUCCCAUGACGUGAAGCAUGACCUGUGAUCAUCACCUCACAAAUCUCAAAAGGGUUUCCACUCAACAAGGAUCCCCUUCCAGAGAGCUAGAUUGCACUGUUGAAAAAGCCACCUAGAUACCACAUGAAGAAUUGCUGUGGUACAGAAAGAAAACCCCCAUGAAUUGCACACCACUAGUUAUGGCAUAUCAUCCCACCCUGGAACCUACACCAAAAAUCCUCAAAGGAUUGCAACCAGAGACAAUUGUAGCAGGGUGUGAGGCCCAGGGCAAAUCAGCCUGUGCGGGGCCUGGAGGCAGUGGCAGGGGGGAGGGGCAGAGAGCGGCUGGACCCAAAGCCAGCUCAGCUCUGUGGGGCCCCCCAAAGCAAGGGGCCUGGGGCAGUUGCCCCGAUUUGUUCCCCCUAGGGACAGCAUCCCAUACUAGAAGAAGACCCAAGUCUUAAAGAGGUCUUCCAGGAAACACUCAUCCUAGUCUUUAAACAAGCACUGACCCUUGCCAACCUCAUCACCAUAUGCAAACCUCCUACAGUGACAAGAAAUGUAAAACCUGUCAACAUAUCUCCACCCCCCGCACAAUUACUACACCUCACAACAGAACCAUCAGCAUUCCUGGAUCUUACAGCUGCACCUCCAGAAAUAUAUAUAUAUCUCAUUCAGUGCACCAAAUGCCCUGAUGGAAAAUAUGUAGGAGAAAUCAAACAACAACUUCACACCAGAACGAACAGAUACUGAAAAUCUAUCAAAGACAAGAGUAUCCAAUUAUUUGUGGGGACACAUUUCUCACAAGAAAACCACUUUCUCCAAGCUCUCAGUUUUAAUCCUCAAGGGGAAUAUACAAAACAUUUUUUGCAGAUGAGCCUACAAACUUCACUUCAUCAACCUACUGGUUACAAAAAAUCAUGAACUAAAUAUAAACAUUGGAUUUAUGAAACCUUAUAACCUGACUAACAUCUGUUACCCCAGGUAACCUCUCUACUAUUUAUCAACUAUAUUCUUAUCACCAGGUGUACAUUCCCAUUCCACCCCUCUUCUGCCUUACUUUGCAUCUUCACUGACAGGCAUUCUCACAUGCAUACUGGUCUUUGGCUUCCAUUCUAGUCCAUCCAGGAAGAGCACACACUAGCUGCGGAUGCUUUCUCAGCCUGACAAAGGGUGUUUGUACCCAAAAGCUUGCAAAGAAGAAUUUUUCCAACUAUUUUAGCUGGUCUAAUAAAAGGUCACAAAGGUAUAAAACUACAGAUAGGAAUUUUCAGUUCACAUUUGGCCCUAGGUAGUAUACAUGCAAAUUUAGCUUUUAUUUAGAAAUAGAAGAUGGGAAUGAGAAUGGAGGAUGUGCAUAAACUGUUGUAAGUGCAACUCAUGUACACAUUUCUGAGCUAGCUUUAUUUGGAUGCUGCUAGCAGUGCAGUCUUGGCAACAUAGAGCUUAGUGUGGAUUCAAACCCUGCCUGAGACGUUGGUUAAAUGCAGGUGGCCAAUAGCAAAGAUGUGUCAUGAGUGACCCUGUUUUUGCAAUCAUGGGAACUCAUUUAUAUGUGAUCCUGACAGAUUAAUUUGUUUUCCUCUGCUUCACUUAUCCUCACCAUUUCUAUGAUUCAUAGAGAAGAAUAAUAAAAAAGGAUUUAGAGUACAAAUUGAGGAACACCUGCAAAGCCAUAAAGAGCAGAUCCUGCUCCCAGCUGAAGUCAAGGUAAGUUUUGCCAUGAGGGCUAAUGGCAGCAGUGUCAGUCCUUCAAGUAUUAUGAAAAACAGAAGUUAAGUUAUAGGACCAAAAUGUAGAAACCCUGUGCUCUAAAGGCAGAAAAGUUUUAUUUUUAUCCCUUCAUAACCAAAUGUGUAAAGAGGGGGGAAUGAUCAACGUUGAAAACAGACAUACUUCUGAAAUCCAGUAACAAAUCUGAAAUAGAACACAAAUAAAUUUAAUCGUUACACUUGAUGAGCUGUUUCCUCAAAAGAUAUGCUCUGUAAGGAAAAGUUAGAAUUGUUUCAGUAAAUUAAAAAUGCUGCAAUUAAAACUAUUAUUAAACCAGAUUAAACAAAGCAGAAAAUUGCUUUCAAGCUGGAGCCAGCAGUCUCUGUCCAGUUCUAUGCUCCAUGUUCCCUGUGGUGUUUACCCAAAGAUUAUCUUGUUUAUGUUAUGGUUAUUAUACUUCAUAGAAAAUAAUCAAGGAAAUAUUUCUUGUUUUAUGGCAAAGAGUGGAUGCAAGUUACUUUUAUACAACAUUCUUGGGUUUGAGAUAGUGUGAUAUUUAAUAAAGUGUUUAUAAAGUGAGAUAUAAUAGUUUAUCAGAUCUCAGGCAGUCAUAAUAACAAACCCACCCUUAGCCUGAGUGCUAUGUACUGUAUUUUGUAAUUUAUAAUACAGUACUUUCUAAAUUACUUUGUAGACUAAGAAAUUUGCCUACCAAAGAAUCAAUCUUUUUGGAACUGAAGAACUCUCUUCCUAAACAUUUUUGCUUUCCAUACAAAUCGUCAUUUAAAGCUUGGAUUCAAACACAAAUUAAACCUCCCUCUACUUGUAGUAAUAUAUCUAUGCUCUAAGAGGUUUUAGUAAAGACAGAUAUUUUAUUUUUAUUUUUUCAAUGUUCAUGGGAUAUUUGUAAUAUUUUAAGAUAAUUUUUUCUCUAAAAAAGCACAAUGAACAGGAGUGGUGAAACAGACUUCAACUGAAAGUUUGAGACUAUAAAUUGAGAACUAAAUGAAAUUAUCUGAGUGGGAAUGAACAACCUAUGAAACUGUUAAUAUGAAAUAGGGCAUUUUAAUUCAAACUCCUACCAAGUUGCUGUCUCCUUAAGUCUGGUUUGUUAGGUUCAGUUGAGUACUGAAUGCAGCAGCUUCCACAUCAGCAAAAAUAAUCCUAUGUCACUAGGGCCAAUUGUGCACUGACCUACAUAAAACUUUUGGAUACUACUCCAGUAAGUAUGUACUGGGCAUCUCUUUGACCCUCCUGAUGGUCAAUCAUGAGCUCUUCCUCCAGUUAGAUUGGGCUUCCUGGGAUGAAGGAAGCAAACUGACAAGUCUCUCUCUAUAUAUACAUAUAUACAGGAUGGCCCCAGCAAUUUUUGGUUUGCAUAACCAGGUUGUCAAAUUGACAAUUCCUUUUAAUAUGGAGAGACUGACUGCUUGGGGCUGUCUUCUUCCCACAUUUCCAACAGGUACACUAAGUCACUAGAGUUGGCCAUGAUUUGUUAAGAAGGAAUCCUUCAACUACUAGACAUUGGCUUGGUGGCAUAGUGAACAUGUGUUUGUCUAGAUAGCUCUCUCACUAGUAGGGAGUAUAGUAUCUGGAUAGUGGAUAUUAUGGAUACUAUCUGGAUUUGGAUACUUUACUGACAACUGUCACAACCCAAAGGUGUGAUUUUUUGUUUGUGUGUGUGCUUCGGCACCGCUAAAUUAUUUCCCGCCAAUUUGUUGCUUUCUUUGCACGGUAGAGUUCUCUGCUGCAAGAGAGAACUCUGGUGCAACGGGGGAUUUCCUGCCAGAUUAUAGCUUCUUUUCAGUGUGCAUCUCUUUUGCAUUGUAGUGAUACAUGCUGUAAAGAAGUUCCCGCCAUUUGUAUUAGGAUUCGCACCACAUUAUUGGCCAAUUCCUAAUGUAGGCACACGUGGUGGCUAGCGAUUGGCUUGCUAGCCAUACAAAAGGCUUGGGUAGUUUCCGCCCAAGUAGGAGGAGGGAGGACAAGAAAGAUUCUGUGUAAAGAUCUCCAAGCGCUGCAGACCCUCGCGGACCCAACGCGCCUCCCCUAAGCAGGCAAUAGAGGCAAUAGAACCGAGUCUAUGGAGCUUUCGCUUCUCGCUUCUCCCCGUCACCGAGUGCAAUCCUCGACGUAUCCCUUUCCUGUAACUUCGGACCCGCGGAGUCUAAGUAACUCCAGGGAAACUUUUCGAGUCUAACCGAACCGGACCCGCGGAGCCCGAACAACUCCGUGGGAGCAAUCGAUUUGUUGUGUUCCUCUAGUGAGGAUCCAAGCGGGAGCUGUGCCUGGAAACCUAUUCAAGCCUACACCAAAACCAUCUUUGGGUGUAAGUAAACAAUCUUUUCAAUCAACCAUUACGCCUCCGUAACUAAUUCUAACUCGCGUGCGCUAAACCGUCCCACGGUUCUCUCCAGCCCCACGUGCCCGGGCUGCCGGCCACAGCCCGUAUGCAAUGAAGACGGGCCCGGCUCGCCCCCGGCUUGCACAUGGCAAUGGGAAUGAGAUCGGAAUCGCCGCCGCACAUGGCAACAAAAGUAGGAUCGGGGCGCAGCCUGCACAUGGUGAUGAGGAUGGGAUCAGGAGAGAACGUGCAUGUAGCAACCCGGAUGGGAUCGGGAGAGAAUGCGCAUGUAGCAACCCAGACAGGAUUGAGAGAGAAUACGCUAGAGUUAGAAUUGGUUAGGAACUGCCCUUGGCGCGAUAACCAACGCCAAGUGAAAAGCUUUGAAGAAUUAGAGAUACAUAUCGCUUACCACCAGGCGGGCAGAACUGGUGAAAAAUUUGUAAGUGGCCAUCUGUAGCUAAAGGGAGGAGAGGGAAUCUCCGAAGACGGAGCCCCGAGAGAAAGGGAAGUGUACUUGCUCCCUGCGGCGUUCAGGUGUAUAAUGAGAUGAGCGGGUCCUGUUUAGGCCCCUCGAUACUGUGUCCCUUGCCGAACCCAACCCAGCAGGCGAAACGAACCCGACUUUCACCCGGGAGUGUGCCUGAUGCCUACGAUAUGCUCGGGAGAGUGAAGAACUGGAGCCCAUCGGCCGGUUCCCCCCGGCUAUGGUAAUGGCUAGAUUAUGGGGUCGCGAGCUUCCAUCCGAGCUCCGCGAAGAUCUGGAAACAGAGGAAUGCCCCGCAGAUGAAAGAGUGGCCUUGCGGUAUGACAAGGGGGGAGAAGGUAGUGCAACUAUUCGUACUAUAAUGAAUCUAAUGCAGAGAAAUUUAAGUUUGAAAACCCAGCUGCAGAUGGUGAUCCGAUCGGUCAAAGAAGCGGCUGAGAAAAAGGAGCCUGAAACGCCAGUCCAAGAUGGCACCGAGCAAGAGGGAGACUGUGUGGAAGAACUGGAAAAGAAGGGUGGAGCUUCUAAUGAACCCAUGAGAGUUCGGUCAGUGACUCCGCCCAUCGACCCAGCGUCGUCGCCGGCAACCCUGCCUAGCAACGCAGUGGCGUCUCGGCCGACCACGCCUUCCUGCCGACAAAGGAGAGAGUCAAGGGGAGGAGUGCAUCCGCCCCUCCUGCCUGAAACAACGACAGCAGCAGUAACCCCCGCGGGAGCAGUUCAGCCUAUGACAACAUCAACUCCUGAAGGAGCAGCUUGUUCUACAACAACAACUAACCAAGUUGCUACUACUUAUUAUGCUCGCACCAGAACUGAGUUGCAGGAUCUAUGUAGAGCAUCAAAAAUUCAACCUGAAGAGACUCUAGCUGUAUGGUUGGGACGUUUAGUCAUAGAACUUGGAUCCGACCUCCUGAACCAAGAAGAAGCAAGCUUCUUAGUUAGACAAGCUUCGUGGAGUACAGGACAUGUCACCGACAUCGACAUGAUAACAUGUAAUAUUCACUGGCCUAUUCCACUGCCAGCGCUUGUUGCAGGACUGAUUAGUCAAAAGGCCCACGUGUGGCAUGCAGGAUGGCCAGAAUAUACUGGCGCAGAUCACCUUAUGCUGGCAAUUAUUGGCGUCUCGUAUUGUGCUUGGAACCCGAGAGCAUGUGCGCUAGGACUAACAUCACUCCAGUGAAUAAGACCAUGGCCUCACUGUCACCUGCGAGAUCCUGGAACCGUUCCACUAACCUCUCACAGUCUAGACAGUUGCUUUGAGAUUUAUGGGUGAAAAAACAUCGUCGUUCUUCGGAGUCUGCUCAGUCCAAUGGUAAAUCAACCCGUGAGUAAUCUUCUUUGUCAAUUGCCAAGACUGCGUGUCCUGAUGGAGCCAGGAUUGUCUUUUGAUCGGGACUGUCAACACCCGACCAGACCUCAAGGCACCAGACGACGUGGAUCCGAUCUUCCACCACUGCCACCGAGAACCCUAGAGGAGCAAUACAUGUUUGGAUUUCUCCUACAGCGUUCCGGACUUAAUAAGUGGCAGCUUCGGAUUUUAGGGGAAUGGCAGCUAGCUUAUGAGUUAGGUUUCCGGUAUUUGGAAGAACCAGAUGAUGAAUCUUUGACGACUUCGUCUAAUUAAGCCAUAGGAAUCGUUUAAAAAAUUGUUUAAGUUUGUUAAAUUGGGUCAUUAAUCUGUUUUGAGAGUUUUCUGUUUACAGAUCCAGGACUCAGAGCGUAUGGCAAGGAGGAGCUUUAAGAGAGAUGACAUCACUGAGGAGAGUGUGGAGACGUGUGACCUCGCCACGAUGCCCACUGAAGCCCUGAUUGUGCAAUUUUGUUAUAAAUCAGAUUAUGUGUUUAUGUUGAUUAUUAUUUCUUGAUUGUUAUGUAACUUGGUCCCAGGACAGCGAAUUUUAUGUUUGUAUAUUUGUUUGUUGGCUUGUUGACUCGUUUGAUGAUCACGACAAACUUCUAGAUUGCUUGAAAGAGUACGGCAUAAUUUAGCUAUGCUCUCAGAAAGGGGGGAUGUCACAACCCAAAGGUGUGAUUUUUUGUUUGUGUGUGUGCUUCGGCACCGCUAAAUUAUUUCCCGCCAAUUUGUUGCUUUCUUUGCACGGUAGAGUUCUCUGCUGCAAGAGAGAACUCUAGUGCAACGGGGGAUUUCCCGCCAGAUUAUAGCUUCUUUGCAGUGUGCAUCUCUUUUGCAUCGUAGUGAUACAUGCUGUAAAGAAGUUCCCGCCAUUUGUAUUAGGAUUCGCGCCACAUUAUUGGCCAAUUCCUAAUGUAGGCACAUGUGGCGGCUAGCGAUUGGCUUGCUAGCCGUACAAAAGGCUUGGAUAGUCUCCGCCCAAGUCGGAGGAGGGGGGACGAGAGAGAUUCUGUGUGAAGAUCUCCAAGUGCUGCAGACCCUCGCGGACCCAACGCGCCUCCCCUAAGCAGGCAAUAGAGGCAAUGGAACCGAGCCUACGGAGCUUUCGCUUCUCGCCUCUCCCCGUCGCCGAGCGCAAUCCUAGACGUAUCCCUUUCCUGUAACUUCGGACCCGCGGAGCCUAAGUAACUCGGGGGAAACUUUUCGAGUCUAACCAAACCAGACCCGCGGAGCCUGAACAACUCCGUGGGAGCAAUCGAUUUGUCGUGUUCCUCUAGUGAGGAUCCAAGCAGGAGCUGUGCCUGGAAACCUGUCCAGCCUACACCAAUACCAUCUUUGGGUGUAAGUAAACAAUCUUUUCAAUCAA